AUGUCUCCCACCAAUGACCUUACACCCCUCCUGGCGAAUGGGCACAAUGCUCAACCCUCGUUCUACCGCCGAACCAUUAGUGUCUUGAAACCAGAGGGAGAACCGUCAUGGACCGCCUCUUACCAUUUCUUUUUAUUUGGCUCUUGGCUAAAUAUCCUGCUUAUCUUUGUGCCACUCAGCUUCGCGGCCCACUUCUUGAAAUGGGACGCUGCACUCUGCUUUUCCUUUAGCUUUAUUGCCAUUAUGCCCCUCGCCGCGCUCCUCGGAACCGCCACGGAGCAGAUGUCUUUGAAAUUGGGGCAGACCCUCUCUGGAUUGCUUAAUGCAUCAUUCGGUAAUGCUGUGGAGAUUAUUGUUGGAAUAGCUGCGUUAUUGCAAGGGGAGUUGCGUAUCGUACAGACUUCCAUGCUUGGGUCUAUAUUAUCCAAUCUUUUGCUUGUUCUCGGAUGUUCCUUCCUGGCAGGCGGUCUCAAAUACCCGGAAAGUAAUUUCCAGGUGACAGCUGCACAAACCUCGAGUUCGCUUAUGACUCUGGCAUGUCUCACUUUGGUCAUUCCUGCGGCUUAUCACAGCUCCAAGCUGCCCACUGGAAACGACACGACGGAUGCUCUCCUUAUCACCUUUGACCGAAUGGGUAGCAAAAUCAGUGACCUGGACGAUGAGUCACAGAAGGGCUUGCUUACGCUCUCCCGUGGCACAGCGAUUUUGCUAUUGAUUGUCUAUGUCGUGUACCUCUUCUUUCAGCUUAAGACACACGCGUACCUGUACAAAGAUGCACAUGCGGAAGACGAAGAGGGAGAGCGUUCAAAAAUGAGCGUGCCAGCGGCUGCAUCUGCACUUCUUCUGGUCACCGUCGUCACUUCAUUCUGCGCUGAUUACCUGGUUGCCUCAAUCGAAGAGACUGCAAGGCGAUACAGCAUUCCAAAGCCGUUCAUCGGCUUGAUUCUCCUUCCCAUUGUUUCCAAUGCCGCGGAACAUGUCACAUCAGUGUGGAUGGCAUUGAAGAAUAAAAUGGAGCUCACCAUCGGAAUUUGUGUAGGAAGUUCAAUUCAAAUUGCUGCUUUUGUUAUUCCGCUCCUCGUUAUAGUCGGCUGGAUAACGGGCCACAACCUUACACUCUUCUUCGCUAACUUCGAGACCAUAGUACUCUUCGUUUCUGUGCUUCUCGUACAAUUCUUGGUCCAAGAUGGCAAGUCCAACUAUAUGGAGGGGCUCAUGCUUAUAGCGUUGUACCUGGUUAUUGCUCUGGCGUUCUGGGUCUCUUAA